AUGGAUCCUUGGAGUGAAAGUGAGGGCAAGAGAGCCCAUGAUCCUAUCUUCAAAUGUUCCAGCCAAAACCACCACUUCAAGGAAAUGAGCGCAGAUGCUGCUGUCGCUCUCUCUGAGAGAUGUACAUGCAUCUGGGUUUCAGGUCCAAUUAUCGUGGGUGCAGGACCAUCAGGGCUUGCUGUUGCUGCAUGUCUCAAGGAGAAGGGGAUCAGCAGCCUUAUUCUUGAGCGCUCCAGCUGCAUAGCUUCCCUCUGGCAGCUCAAGACAUAUGAUCGUCUCAGCCUUCAUCUUCCUCGGAAAUUUUGUGAGCUUCCUCUCAUGCCUUUCCCUGCCAACUACCCGAUAUAUCCUUCAAAGCAGCAGUUUGUAGCCUACCUGGAGAGCUAUGCUGCAAGUUUUGGCAUAAGUCCCACAUACAAUCGCACAGUGGUGUGCGCAGAGUAUGAUGAACAGCUUCUGCUAUGGCGUGUGAGGACGCAGACUUCUGGCACAACGGGACAGGAGGUGGAGUAUUUAUCCCGGUGGCUUAUUGUGGCAACUGGUGAGAGUGCUGAGGCUGUGCAGCCAGAUAUUCGUGGUCUGCAAGAGUUCCCGGGAACAAUCAUGCACACCAGUGCAUAUAAAAGCGGCAGUGCAUUCACUGGGAAGCGUGUUCUUGUUGUCGGGUGUGGAAACUCCGGGAUGGAGGUGUGCCUAGACCUCUGCAACCACAAUGCAGAGCCCCAUAUUGUAGUACACAUCUUGCCCAGGGAGAUGCUUGGUCACUCCACCUUUGGUCUGUCAAUGUGGCUGCUCAAGUGGCUCCCAGUCCACGUUGUGGACCGUGUUCUACUGUGCAUAGCAUGGGCCAUGCUUGGGGAUACUGCUCAGCUUGGGCUAAAGCGGCCGGCCUUUGGUCCUCUUGAGCUCAAGUCACUGUCAGGAAAGACCCCAGUUCUUGAUGUCGGCACAUUUGCAAAGAUUAAGUCUGGUGAUAUCAAGGUACGACCUGCCGUAAGACAGAUAUCAGGAAGAGUGGUAGAAUUUGCGGAUGGUGGGUUGGAGGAGUUUGAUGCCAUUGUGCUUGCGACUGGCUACAAGAGCAACGUUCCCUUCUGGUUGAAGGACCGAGAGUUAUUUUCUGAAAAAGAUGGCUUGCCAAGAAAAGCAUUUCCGAACGGGUGGAAGGGCGAGAACGGCCUGUACUCGGUUGGAUUCACCCGGCGUGGACUGACGGGGACCUCGGUCGAGGCCAGGAGUAUCGCCCACGACAUCGAGCAGCAAUGGAAGGCCAAAGGGAUGCAUCCGGAUGGUUCCUCCAGCUCCCGUCGCUGUUGUUUACCAUGA